GGUUAUAAUGGGACCUACAUCAUAAUAUUGUUUAGAGAUACAAGAUAGCUCAUUUACAACAACUUAGGAAGUGUUCGAUAAAUAUUAUUAGCAGCAUCUAAUAAAUGGACAACAAAUAGCAGCAUCAGUAAACUGAACCAAAUGAUCUCUUGAUUCUUCUACUUGCACUAAAAAGAGUUUCUCUUCUAAUUACAAAUGAUAGCAACCAAAACAUCAAAUUCAGCCAUAAGUCAUUAAACCAAUUAUUUCUUUUGUAGGAAAACCAGAAAGGCUAUUGGACACAUUAAUUUAUAUGUCAUUAGUUAUCCCCUCUAUUCCAAAAUGUGUUCUAGCAUCCUGAGACACCUUGCAUAAUACAAUCACUGUGACUCCAAGGGGUCAAAUGGGCAGGCAGUUAAUGCUUCUCUGUGAAAAGCUCAGUAACUCACUUUAUAAAUUUCAGCUCAAAGCCUAUGCUGAGGUGAAGAAAAAUUGACAUUCGGUCUGUGAACUUAAUGUCAAGCUCCAGAAAAACUCUAGGCAGUACAUGAUUAGCGAUUAAGGGGACGCAGACAAUAAAGACAUUGCCAAAUUGUAAAACAAGACUCGGAAAUUACAGAAAAUGUUGCUAGUUAUUGAUUACGGUGACCAUUCAGUUCCCAUUGAGCCACCCAAAAGAAUCAUUCAUUUUCCAGCAGAGAGCCUGCUCAUUUGCAAGAUAAAAGAGAGGCAUUUCUGCACAUGCCCAUAAUGUUCUUCACCACUGGGGGCAGCUUUACAUAAGACUGCAUUCACUGAAACCAAAGCAACAGUCCGAGCAGCUUUCAGAAUGACAGUCUGCAGAAGUGAGCUGAGCGUGUGUGCGGUACGGGGCUCUCCUGCCUCCUGGGCUCCAACGCAGCUCUGUGGCUGAAGUGGGUGCUCACCACCAGAAUGCUGGGCUAUGGAAUACAGAUGUGGCAGCUCAGGUAGCCCCACGUUGCCGGGAGGAAUACAUCAUGCUUUCCGAUAAGAAGAAAUUGUAGAAGCCAGUUUUUGUGUUUUUUUUAACGACCCCCCCCCAAAAAUAACUGUAAAGAUGCAAAAACGUAAUAUCCACGAAGAUCCUAUUACCUAGGAAGAUUUUGAUGUUUUGCUACAAAUGCGGUAUUGGAAUUUAUUUGUUCUUGGAGUGUUCUGCGUGGCUGGCAAAGAAUAAUGUUCCAAAAUCGGUCCAUCUCCCAAGGGGUCCAAUUUUUCUUCCUGGGUGUCAGCGAGCCCUGACUCACUACAGUGCAGCUGACAGGGGCUGUCAUGCAAGUGGCCCCUUAAGCCAAAGCAAAAGACCUAAGGACGACCUUUGAACAAUACAAAGGAUGGGUUUCAAUGUAAUUAGGCUACUGAGCGGAUCAGCUGUAGCACUGGUUAUAGCCCCCACUGUCUUACUGACAAUGCUUUCUUCUGCCGAACGAGGAUGCCCUAAGGGCUGUAGGUGUGAAGGCAAAAUGGUAUAUUGUGAAUCUCAGAAAUUACAGGAGAUACCCUCAAGUAUAUCUGCUGGUUGCUUAGGUUUGUCCCUUCGCUAUAACAGCCUUCAAAAACUUAAGUAUAAUCAAUUUAAAGGGCUCAACCAGCUCACCUGGCUGUACCUUGACCAUAACCAUAUCAGCAAUAUUGAUGAGAAUGCUUUUAAUGGAAUACGCAGACUCAAAGAGUUGAUUCUGAGUUCCAACAGAAUCUCCUAUUUUCUCAACAAUACCUUCAGACCUGUGACAAAUUUAAGGAACUUGGAUCUGUCCUAUAAUCAGCUGCAUUCUCUGGGAUCUGAACAGUUUCGGGGCUUGCGGAAGCUGCUGAGUUUACAUUUACGGUCUAACUCCCUGAGAACCAUCCCUGUGCGAAUAUUCCAAGACUGCCGCAAUCUGGAACUUUUGGACCUGGGAUAUAACCGGAUCCGAAGUUUAGCCAGGAAUGUCUUUGCUGGCAUGAUCAGACUCAAAGAACUUCACCUGGAGCACAAUCAAUUUUCUAAGCUCAACCUGGCCCUUUUUCCAAGGUUGGUGAGCCUUCAGAACCUUUACUUGCAGUGGAAUAAAAUCAGUGUCAUAGGACAGACCAUGUCCUGGACCUGGAGCUCGUUACAAAGGCUUGAUUUGUCAGGCAAUGAGAUUGAAGCUUUUAGUGGACCUAGUGUUUUCCAGUGUGUCCCAAAUCUGCAGCGCCUCAACCUGGAUUCCAAUAAGCUCACAUUUAUUGGUCAAGAGAUUUUGGAUUCUUGGAUAUCUCUCAAUGACAUCAGUCUUGCCGGGAAUAUAUGGGAAUGCAGCAGAAAUAUUUGUUCUCUGGUAAAUUGGCUGAAAAGUUUUAAAGGUCUGAGGGAGAAUACAAUUAUCUGUGCCAGUCCCAAAGAGCUGCAAGGAGUAAACGUGAUCGAUGCAGUGAAGAACUACAGCAUCUGUGGCAAAAGUACCACGGAGAGGUUUGAUCUGGCCAGGGCUCUCCCAAAGCCGACAUUUAAGCCUAAACUCCCCAGGCCGAAGCACGAGAGCAAACCCCCUCUGCCCCCCACGGUGGGAGCCACGGAGCCUGGCCCAGAGACUGAUGCUGACACUGAGCACAUCUCUUUCCAUAAAAUCAUCGCAGGGAGCGUGGCCCUUUUCCUGUCCGUGCUCGUCAUCCUGCUCGUUAUCUACGUGUCAUGGAAGCGGUACCCUGCGAGCAUGAAGCAGCUGCAGCAGCGCUCCCUCAUGCGAAGGCACAGGAAAAAGAAAAGACAGUCCCUAAAGCAAAUGACUCCCAGCACCCAGGAAUUUUAUGUAGAUUACAAACCCACCAACACGGAGACCAGCGAGAUGCUGCUGAAUGGGACGGGACCCUGCACCUAUAACAAAUCAGGCUCCAGGGAGUGUGAGAUACCUUUAUCAAUGAAUGUGUCAACCUUUCUGGCAUACGACCAGCCCACAAUAAGUUACUGUGGGGUGCAUCAUGAACUUCUCUCUCAUAAGUCCUUUGAAACGAAUGCACAGGAAGAUACGAUGGAAACACACCUAGAGACUGAGCUGGACCUGAGCACAAUCACAACAGCUGGCCAAAUCAGUGACCAUAAACAGCAGCUGACUUAACUGAGCUAAGCGGUAGCCAAGGGUUGCCACCAAACUUUGUAACCUCAAGGACAAAAAUGAGGAAGAUUUGUUCAUUGUGGACUCUCAAAACAAAACAAAACAAAAAUCCCCUGUCAAACAAAAGUCCAAGAUCUAUUCAUGAAAUAAAGAAGACAUGAAUUGUUUCAAGUCUACACUUUGUAAUUAGCUAAGUUGUGCAGUAUUUUUUUGACUUAAACAGAGUAUGACCCUGAAAACAGAAAAAGAAUCUUUUUUUUCAAAACUCAUCCUACCUACCUGUAAAAACUGUACAGAGCUAAUGUAUUUUUCAUAUUGUAAAGUUUCAAUUAUAGAAACAACUGAUAUGUACAGUACCAUAAUUUAAUUACAUUUUACUUUACAAACUUUACACAUUUCAGUUUCUAAGAUUUUAAAUUAACAAAAAUUUAUUUCUUGUGUUAUUCAGAGUUACUCAGUUUUGUAGGGACUGUUUUGUUACUGCUUUUGUGCCCAGAAACCUUGACUCUAAAAUUCUGUGCUGUGCGAAACAUGCACGAUUUUUAUCAUGCUUACUGCGUAGAAUUUUAUCUACUUGUUCCAGAAAUAAUACAUUAACCAAAAAGGAUUUAAUUGUUGAGACUUGUAAGAGGUUCUUCAAUUACAUAGGCAGGUUUUUCUUAUAAAUGAAAAAAAAAUCAAAGAUUUUUUUAACACUUCUUCUCAGACUUAACUGUUGCCUUGAAUUACAGCCUAGUUUCUAAGCAGUGACAUGUAAUGACAAAGAGGGAUAUUUUAACAACAUAUUUCUGAAUGAAUUGACUCAUUUCAUUAUUUUGAGUAACCCAUUGUUAACGGUAGGGGGAAGCAUGGACAAAACAUCACUGGAAACAAAGGCUGUAACCACAGCAACAGACUUUGAUACACUUAAAAGGUGCAGCUGCCAGUGACAAAGAAAAACUUGUUACAUCUCAUUAUUUUCAGGCCAAGGUGGGAAGGAUAGAGCAUAAUAAUUGUACAGUAGCAAAUUUUCUCCUAAUUAACCCAAAGUGGUUUACCUAAAAAUAACCAUCAGUUAGUGCAAAAUGUGCCUGGUUUUUAAGACAACUUUUCAUUUAGAACUGCGAGGCUAUAUUUUGGGAACAUCUCAACGGAAAUAUGUGAAAAUUUUCACUUUGUGUGCUACAUCAAUUCUCUCCUGGAGAAGAACUCUAAACAUUGAUAGCUCAUUCAGUAUAGAUAUGAGCCAUGGUGGAGAACUUUAUAACACAAGUAAACUGUGAAUAUCUUUUAAUAUGUUCUAAAUUGUUUAUGUUGCCAUCCAUAAUGAGAUUUGCUUCUAAAUUAUCUGAAAAAUAACCCAGAGUAAUUUGAAGCCACCCCAGAUCAUAUAGUGAUUAUGUAAUUUGUAUUAUAAAGUUAAUUUAAGUGAAAUUAUGAAAACCUAACUUUUCGGAGGCUGAAAUAAUCAACUUGUUUCUGUUGUUUGCUUGACACAGGUUAUUGUUUGAAAAUGUUAUUUUAUCUAUGGUAUCCACACAUUCUUUUGUGUGUUUUUUAUUAUAAAACUACAAGUUUCAACUGAAUUGCACUAGGAGAGAUGCCUUUUUAUGUUGUCAUUUUGCAUUCAUAACAUCAAAAAUAGGUUGAGCAAAUGUCAAUCCACCAGGGGUCAAACACAAUCAAAAACAAUGAAGAAAAGAAUUUGUUAAGACCAAUGUCAAGUUUUUAAUUUCUUAUUUAUUCCAAAGAAAUUAUACCUACAAAAGUCUAGUUUUAUGCAGAUUUAUCAUGGCAAAUUUAAGAGCAACUUAAAGAGGAAUAAACUUUAAAAAUGUACAGCAAAUUCUUCUUGAAAAUACAGUCGUAAAAAAAAUUGGAAGAAGCAAACUCUCUUACUAAUUUAAAUGAAACUAAAUGUCUCAGUACUUAUAUCAACUAUUUAGCAUCCCAGAUUUCGUAACAUAUUUUGCAUAAAUUAUUUGCUAUUCAAAAUUUUUUGUCAUUUUACAUCUAAUUUUCAUCUUUACUUUUUCCAAUUUCUAAUGUCUUUGCAAUAUAUUAUUCUUAGUGUUCUUAAUCCUCUACAUUGAGAUUUUGUUUUGCAUAGUUAGCAAAUUUAUAGGGGAUUAAUUAUAAAUCUAUUCUUGUGGGUCUGAAAUUGGAUGCAAAAUUUUAUUUAUUAUGUAAACCAAAAUGUCAUUUGCAAUCUUUUUUUCAUCAGAAGUUGUCCUUGCAAAGAUCAAGCAUCUUUUAAUUGGCGUAAAAAAAAGCAUUUUAUAUAUAUUUCCAGACAUUUUCAAAUUGAUAAAUAACUUUUAGAAAUAUAAGGUUCUAGGGAGGUUCACAAAUGUAUGCCCUUGACUUCCUGAAGCAAACAUUUUUUAAACAUUUUAAAUUCAUCUAAGUAAACAACUAUAAAUAGAAGCAGUCAUCUUGGAACCACAGCUCUGUGCAUCUGAGAACUUAAUACAGUAAGAGCCGAAUAAACUAAGAAUUUUUAGAUUUCUCAUAUUUGAAAUUAAACCCAAAGGAUCUUUUACAAGAAAAAAAAAGAAGAUGCUGGGUUUUUGUUUGCCUAAUUUUUAUUUUGCCAUGUUCAGGGCCAUGGGGGAGGGUGGAAAAGGGAGUGAAAACCUCUUAGAGGAAACUAUGUCUAGAAUCUUUAUCAUACAUUUGCAAUUUAUAUAUUUGUGUCUAAAAUCCUUAAUUAUAACAUCUUUUUCAGUAUUCAGUGAUCUCCUACUUCCUCUUGCUAACCACCCUGUCCCCAAGUCUCCUCCCUCUCUGCCUAUUGCUCAUUUAAACAACAGAAAUGUUGAUAUGUUUGGGAUCAAAAAAUGCAGUUUGACCCAGCAUGGUUACAAUAACCAUAGAAGCUGCAGCAAAAAAUAAAUUUAUGCAGUGUUUUGAGGUUUAUAAACCACAUUUUAUAUAAAUUAUUGCAUUUUGUCUUCAUAACCAUCCCAUGAAGACACAUUAAUCUCAAAGAAGUUGAGACUUACCCAAGAACACAAGGCUAAUAAUUGGUGGAAAUGAACCAUUCUCAAAAUUCAUAGCCUGUUAGUCUUUCCACUAAACUAAAAGCCUUCUCUCUGAUCAGAGCCAGAGAAUUUCCAGAGAUAGUGAACAGAAUGAAAAAAAAAUGUUUGUCAUGUUGUUUAAUCUCUAAUUUAACUCAGUUCUUCUAUCUGUAUAAUAUAUGAGCUAAAUGAACUCUUUCUAUGUGCUACUCUGGCUCUCACAUUAAAAUUUUGUUCAAAAAGUAAAGCAAGUCAUAGAUUUCUUAACAUAUUAUGUCAUUUGUAAAUGUGCAGAUGAGUUGCUUCAAGGAAGUGGAUAUAUGUAGGCCCAAGAUAUGGACAUAAAAUCAAGAACCACAAGGAAAGAAAUCAAAGACCAUCUAAAUUGAGAUUGCGUGGGUUAUAAAACAGAUCCAUAGUGCGAUGUUCAACACAUGUUCAACACAUGUUCAAAUGAACACAUACUCAAUUCAGAGCUAAUUGGGAAGACUUUUAUAUUUUUUUUCCUUUUUUUUUUUAAUCUCAGCAAGAGUACUUCUUAAAUUGUGUUCUUAAACCUUUCUUAAUACAGAAUAAUUUUCUCUAUUCUCCUAAUAAAAAUGGAAUGUAAUUUAUCCAAACUGAUGUAUAGAUACCAAAACAUAUUCUAACAAGCAAGUAGUAUUUUAUUGAUCUGCUCAUUUUUACCAACUCUCUAUAUUCCCUCUUGAAUGUUUCAGAAAACCAUAAAACCAUACAGAUUUUAAUAUAAAUUAUAUUUUUAGAAGGAAAGAAAACUUGUCUACAUUCAACAUUCAAGACAAAUUACAUAAUCCUAUCUGAAGUCAUUUCAGACUCCACAAACUCCUUGGAAAUAGCAAUAUCUCUUUGCAAAAAUAUUUUUAAAAAUAAAGCCACUGUAAAUGGGAGUGAAGACCUUAUUUGGUUAUGUCUGCUCCUGACUAGAAAACAGAAAUCAUCUCUCAACCUAAACAUUCAAAGUAAGUAAAGAAACUGAAAGCACGAAAAUAGAUAACAUAUGUGAACUAUUAGUAGGCUUGAAGAAAGAUCAGAUGUGCUGAGUAGAUGGAGGUACAGGAGGGAAGAGGAAGUAGGACUGGCAGAUAUUUAGCCUCAGGAAAAACAGUGAAAAAUCUUUACAGCAAAAAACAGUAACAUCUUACACUGACAUACCUCUUAACGGUUUAACUCGCUGGGUAAUAAAUAGUAUAAUGACCUGGAAACACAUAAAAAGUCCCAAGGUCUAGAUGGGUUAGCUAUGCAGUUAAGAAUGCAGAUGCACUAGUCUUGAAGUUAAGAGUUUCCAACUACUGCUAUGACCUCAAUGCACUACCACUGUCUCUAACUAGAGAGGUACCAAGCGCAGAAGAUCCAGGAUCCAUGCUUUCAAAACUGACUCUACCACAAGGGUAGAGUAGACUGACAAUCAGCAACCGUGCUUUAUUUUAAUAUCAAUUAUAAUGAGGAAGAAACAUUUAAGAAUACACCAGAGUGGUGAUGGGUUAUUUUCAAAGCUCUCUCAAGGCUUCCAUUAUGAUUUCAAUGUGAGAUAGGAGGCUGUUUAUAUUUAACAUUUUUUAAUUUAGGGUAAAAUUCAUGUUUUAAACAGUCCACAGUUGAUUAUUUACUUUUCUAUUAAGAACAGUGAACUUAAAGCAACAGAGUGAGUGCUUGAGCCAUCUAGGACUUAGAAAACUCUUGAGUUUCUUCCUCCUCUUUCCAAACAUUUAUAGAUUUUGUUUUAUAUGUGUGUCUUACUGACAAGCUAAGUAAAAAUUGGUUUUAAAUAAAUCAAGUAAUAUUUCAAAUGCAUCAAGGGACCUUGUGAUAAAGGAUACUUGAAGUAAAUCCUAUUUGUUUUCUAAUCUGAAACAUCACUCACUAAUUUAUCAUUUGUAAGCUGAUUUCAAUAUAUCUUGUGUUAUAUAAUGCGGCACACCUGUACUGCAUGGCCUUGAAGGUUCUAUGAUGCAGUCUUUGCCUCAGGCUGUGUAAAAUAAAGAACUGACUCUAGGUUUUGAG